CCCACCCAUUUUCACGGGAAGAUGCUGCGUUUCUUUCAUCUUGAUGCCGAAAGGGGAGAUGAACGAACGAUCUCUACUGUGUAUCUAUAUCCGCACAAUACUUUUGCCGGUUCACAUUUCGUUAGUUAUUUCAACUGCGAGAUCGCGAUGAAGAUGACCGCUCUAGCCGUGCGAAACGUGCCCUCGAUUACGUGAAGUGCUUCAACAAGAGAACGCUCUGCGAAAAUGUAAAUGAGUAGACGAACAAGUGCCAAAACGGAACGUUGAUUGUUACAAGUGAUUGUCAUUCAACAACACUCAUCAAUGAUGACAAUGAUGAUGAUGCAAAGGAUCAUGGAAGCCGCGAGAACAAAAGAUUCCGCGGGUCAACAGAGCACGCUCGAUUUUAACAGUAAAAGAUCGCCGCUGGCGGAAUCGGCGGUAGAUCCACAAUUGUUCCUUCAACAGAAGCGAAUAUCCGACGAUUCCAGGGAUGCGGAAAUGUUCGACAAGGCGAGCGAAUCGGGCGGAGAAGAACUGAAUGUCGAUGUGGAGAACGAGGAGGAAUCGCUCUGUCCCGUCGAUCUGACGAGGAGACACCAUCAUCAUCAUCAUCAGAAAGGAGGAUUCACAGCGGCCUCCUUCGAAAAUCUCAUUCCGAAUUCGAAUUCGAGUGAUCGAGAAGUGAAAUCGUUAGAAUGCGGUAGUGCGAACAAUAACGAUGACCUGAAGGAUCCGAAUAACGGUAGUAGUAAUAAUAACAACAAUAUUAAUAGUAAUAAUAACAAUGGUAAAAGGCCGGAUAGCGUUUGUAGUGACGCUAGUAGAUCGCAUAGUCCACCAUCGGCCGGUGUCAGUCCGUCGGUAGUGUCCCACUCGAACAGACGAUUGGCGUUUUCCGUCGAAAAUAUACUAGAUCCCAAUAAAUUUACGGGAAAACAGUCAGUGUAUAGUGACGGUAUCUGUUUUUGGAAGCAAAAUCAGGAAGCCAAUUCGUCGGAGUAUGGCGAGGAAAGCGAUCAAGGAAAGGAGCAUCAGUCGGAUGAAGAUGACGAAAUCCAAAGCGACGUUAGCGAAGACAUUAAAGAUCCAAGCUCAAAAAAGAAAAAGAGCGAUUCGAAGUCGCAAAACACGGGAAAACCCCGAAGAGCCCGGACCGCGUUUACUUACGAACAGUUGGUCGCGUUGGAGAACAAAUUCAAAACUACCCGUUACCUGAGCGUAUGCGAACGACUGAAUUUGGCACUUAGCUUAAGUCUAACCGAAACGCAAGUGAAAAUAUGGUUCCAAAACAGAAGGACGAAAUGGAAAAAGCAAAAUCCUGGCAUGGACGUCAAUUCACCGACCGUUCCACCUCCUAAUGUCGGAUCGACUGCAGGUUUCGGCGGUUUUUCUAGUCACCAUACACACACGGGGCUUCUUUAUGCCCACCAUAUGCCAUACGGUAGCGUGUACCCGCUCCAGACAACCAGCUCUGGAGGAUACAGUCCGUACUUUCAUUUGACGAAUCACGCGCACAACUUGGGCUCUUGAAAAAGGACAUUUUCCCCUUGAAUAGAAUGAAAAUGACGACUGAUGAAAUUAUUAUUAUUAUUAUUAUUAUUGCAUGGAACCAAAGCGAAAAUACCAAAUUUUUUACACAAAUAUCAGUACCUACCAGAAUUUACAUGAAAUGAAAUAAAUUACAAGUUGACAUUCUUAUUUUUUCUCGUUUUAUUUACUACCUCUGUUGUUUUUUGUGCAAGAUACGCGAAAUUUAAUCGGUAGUACUUAUAAUUUAGACAUUGAUAAUCAUCAUUAACUCACUCACUCUUUCCUAUCUUGAACCAGUUCUCGCAUUUCCCUAAAACUAGAACAACCCACAUCCUUAACUAUU